AUGACAUCACAAGCAGAAUGUGCAUACAAGUGUUACUAUGGCAACAGCUGUCUGUCGUUUUUCUACACUGCCGAUAACAGAUGCUUUCUGUUGGACGAGAUAAUGGAACUAGAGGACUCGCGUCUCACUGAGUUACCCAAUACACGGUAUUUCAAGGCCAAUAUAGUGAACUGUCCUGGAGACGCCGGCUACAAGUACAUCCCCUCAAUUCCCCUCUGCUACAAGUUGUCUGCUCAGAAGCUGUCUUGGGAUGGCGCUAAAGCUAGAUGUGAAUCAGAUGGCGGUCGUCUGUUUCAAGCUGACACGUCACACAAGAUGGCGUGGACUUAUCACAACAACAAGGUCACAGGCGGUGUGUGGCUGGGGGCGGACGACAUUGCCCGGGAGGGACAGUUCAUGUGGACGGAUGAUACUGAGGUUGUAGAUCCCAUGUGGCGUGAUGGCGAGCCGUCCAAUACCUUGGGCAUACAAGACUGCGUACUGAUUGGCGAUGACAGGCUACUCUGA